AUGGUGCAAGGAUCUAGCCAGAGGCUUGAAAAACUAACCUUCGCUCUCAUGGGAUAUCGCAUGACUAUUCGUACGUCAGUAGGUGCAACUCCCUACGUAUUGGUUUACGGAACUGAGGUUGUCAUACACAUAUAUAUUGAAAUCCCUUCUCUUCGAACCAUUAUUGAAGAAGAAAUGGAGGAUACAGAAUGGGAUAAAUCAAGGUGCAAACUACAUGUGUUCAGAUCAGAUAAUGUGACUGAGUACACUUUAGAUCCGUUCAAAAACAUUUGUGAAGUUGCUGGAAUAGAGCAUCAACUUACUACUCCAUAUAUUCCACAUCAAAAUGGAGUAAGUGAAAGGAAGAGUAGGACUAUCAUGGAUAUGUCAAGGUGUAUGUUGCACGAGAAAGAGCUUCCCAAAAAGUUUUGGGAAGAGGCUGCCAAUACUACUGUAUUUUUCUUGAAUAGGCUGCCUACAAAGGUAGUGAGUGGAAGAAACUAUGUUGAGCAGACUAAAGGAUAUGUUGCAGAUGGAUAG